AUGAAUCAUUGUGUCCGUUUAUUAUUACUUUUUGCUCCUUCAUUAAUUGGUCUUGGUUUACUUGGAAUAGCAUUUGCUACAAAUUGGUGGACCAUUCCUUUAGAAACAAAUAUACCUAAAGAAGAUUCCUUAAAAAUCUCAUCAAGUGAUGAACGAAUAUAUUCAACAUUAAUUCGUAUACCAAUUUCACGUGGUUUAUUAACUGAAUGCAUUGCAUAUCGAAAUGUAAAAGUACUCAUAUCAAAUGGAUAUGAUUUUCGAGCAGAAUUAUCUCAUGACAAAGCUAUGAAAUUAGCAAAUGAAAGUUGUGGAAAUAAUCAAUUUACUUGUGAAACAGGUUUUGCUAUUGUACGUCCAUUAACACGUUGUAUUGAUCGUCGACAACAAUGUAAUCGUAUUAUUGAUUGUGAAGAUCAAAGUGAUGAAAUAUCUUGUGUUAAAAAUUUUAAUACACAUGAUAAUGAAUUUUUCGAUUGUCCUACUGGUUAUUCUAGAUGUCAAGAUGGAAAAUCAUGUUAUAGAAAAACUGAACAAACAUGUGAUGGAGUUUUUAAUUGUAUGGAUAAAUCGGAUGAAGAAAAUUGUAAUGCAGAAAAAUGUCAACAAAAUAAACAUGUUUAUUGUCCUCGAGAAGGUAGAUGUGCACGAAAAGAAAAUUCUAAACGAUGUGAUGGAAUUAUUGAUUGUGCAGAUAAUUCUGAUGAAGAAAAUUGUUUACAAUGUAAUGGAGAUCCAUCAGUGUUUUUGUGUGAUUCAAAAUGUUUUCCUGGUGAAUAUCGUUGUGACGGUAUUGUUCACUGUUCUGAUCUUCGUGAUGAAAGUGAUUGUCAGGAUUAUACAACGACAUCAAAUUAUCAAAGAAAACUUUAUUAUAAUGAUCAAUCUUGUAUGGAACAACGUUUUAAUCCAUUUCGUAUUAAUCCACCAAAUGAUUCAACAAUAGAAUCAUAUUCAAAUCCAAAUCAACGUCUUCAAUAUAUUCAUUUAAUUUAUUAUUUACAAUUAAUUGUUGUUUAUGGUAUUGUUGGUGGAUUAAUAUUUCUUUUAUUAGCUGUUAUAUCAUUAUUUUUUUUUGGUUGUUGUCGUCAUAAUUGUAUAAGUGUACCAUUUUAUUUUUAUGGUUUUUGGAUGUUAUUAGCAUGGUUAUUUAUAUUAACCGCUUUAAUUUCAUUUGUAUUUAUAUGGUUAUGGCAAAAACAAACGGUAUUAGAUUAUGAAAAAACUUUACCAUUAGAAAUAAUGAUACAUGAAAGAAAUCCAAUAUUACGACAUAUUGAAUUUUUUGGUUUAAGUUUUUGGUUAGCAUGUGGAUCUGCAUUAGCAACAUUUAUUGGUUUAUUGUUAUCAUAUUGUGUUUGUUGUACACUUGGUUCAUCACGAGCUGAUGAUAAAGAAUAUGAAAUAAUGCAAAUGCAUAAUUAUUGA